AGCACGUCGAGCGCAACGCUAAUUACAUUGUAUACACGGAAUGAAAUGCAAGCACAUGCAAGUGUACACGGCGACACCGCACCGGCCGACAGCGUAAGCUGAGGUAAUGUUCGUAAUAAUAAUACUUAUUUCAAGCUGAGGGUCCGCGAACCUCACGCAUGGCCCGAUGCGCCUAUUCGUUCUCUCCCGCUGCCUAUUCGCGCGGCCCCCUCAGUCGCUCGCCAGCUAACGCCGCAGGCGGACCUAUGUCUCUCGCAGAUUACCCCCGUUCGUAGUCUCCGACGAACAUAUUUUUAAUUGUUAAAAUAAACUGGUUUCCGUGUUCACGUGCCUGGUUCCCGGUUCCUGCUAACUGGAUCUCCUGUUUAUUCACUGCCAUUGUUUUUCUUUAGUGCAAAAUGUGAUGUUAUGUGUGUUCAACGAGCGUACCGUCCUGUGUAACGUUAGCCCAAAGUGAACUCAAUGGAUGUAAUGUGCUUUUGAAUUGAAAACGUUAAUCUUUUUGAUCCUUCGCAGCCGGAUUUUUCUCUGAGAUCCAGAGGAUGACAGUUACAUCUUCAUACAAACAGCUUUCCUGAUCGCUACCCCGGACAUGAUGACGAGUAAUCAGGACCCGAGGCUUUGCGAGAGGACAGGCGAACUUCAUGAGAACGAUAAACAGCACACGGUUGGCACGGAUGCUGUAAAGGCUGUUGAACAAGGCGUCAGAGUCAUGGUGACAGCGUGGCAAGUCAGCCGGCGGGUCGCCAACGUGCUCACCUCCAACGCCUUUAUUGUGGUGCUUAUAUCCUUGGAACUGCUAGCGUGGCGGAGCGGGGCGGCGGCACUGGCGAACUGCCCGAGCGGCUGCAGCUGCAACGACGACACCCUGGUGGUGGUCUGCGAGGAGAGCCGUCUGGACGUGCUGCCCAUCGCGCUCAACCCCUCCAUCCAGCGUCUCAUCAUACGCAACAACAAAAUCAAAACCAUCGACAGCUCCAUGCAGUUCUACGCAGAACUGCAACACCUCGACCUCUCCCAGAACCACCUUGUUAACAUUCCCGCUAAAAGCUUUGCCUACCAACGGAAAUUACAAGAGCUCCAUUUAAACCAUAACAAGAUAUCAUCAGUAACUAACACGACAUUCCAAGGCUUGAAUGCGCUAACGGUCCUCAACUUAAAACGAAAUUUCCUCGAGGAGCUGACGAACGGUGUGUUCUCGACUUUGCCAAGAUUAGAGGAACUGAACCUUGGUCAGAAUCGGAUAUCGAGGAUCGAACCAAAAGCAUUCGCUGGACUCACAGCUCUGAGGAUCCUGUACUUAGAUGAUAAUCAGUUGAGUUCUGUGCCUACGAUGUCCUUUAGUCUCUUGGGAAGCCUGGCUGAACUUCACGUGGGACUCAACGCUUUUUCGUAUCUGCCUGACGACACAUUCGCGGGUCUGAACCGCCUGGCUGUGCUCGACUUGAAUGGAGCCGGACUCUUUAAUAUAAGCGAGAACGCAUUCAGAGGCCUUCCAGGUCUUAGAAGUUUGAAUCUCUUCGGGAAUAGAUUAAGCGUAGUACCCACGCAGCAACUAGGUGGACUUACGAGAUUGGAAGAGCUGUACAUAGGCCAGAAUGAUUUCGUAGCUUUAGAAAGCCACUCGUUCAAAGGCUUGAAAAAUCUGAAACUCUUAGACAUUACUGGUGCUGCUCAGUUGGAGAGAGUCGAGAAAGGAGCUUUGGAGGACAACAUUAACUUGGAAACUAUCGUACUAGCCAAUAAUAAGAAACUAUCAGUGAUAGAAGAAGGUACUUUACUCGGAUUGCCUAAGCUUAAACAUGUUACGCUUAGAGACAACGCCAUUGUUACGAUCAGUGAAACCGUGUUCGUCGGAAAAGAACUGAGACAGCUGGAUAUCACCGACAAUCCCAUUGCCUGCGACUGCCAACUUCUUUGGCUGCAUGAAUUAUUGAACGAGAAGAGUAACUUCACUCAAAUCCAAUGCGCGGAGCCACUACAUUUGAAGGACAAGUACUUGCGUGCUAUAACCGCAGACGGUUUGGGCUGCGCCGUUCACGACACGCGGCAGCAAACCAUUAUAUGUGUCGUAGUAGUCGCCUGCGUGGCUAUCCUAGCAUCACUCGUGCUCGUGCUGUAUCGCUACCGCAAGAGCAUGCACGAGAAGCUCAAGGACUACAAAUGGAACAAGCGCGCGAUGCGCAAAGACUUGGAAUACCACAAACCCAUCUCCACCGAAGAGGACUGCAUCCUAGAGCUUUACGCCUCCCCCAGCGUGUUCUUCAUGUCGGGCCAGAACCAGGGCUCGGCGCGGCGAGCGCGGGGAGGCGGCGGCGGCGGCACGCUCCCCGCCAACGGCUUCACGUACAUCGGCGGCGACCGCCCGCCGCCGCUCACGCUCAACAACGGCGCGCCCGCGCUGCUCAACAACGGCUCGCUGCGCUCGUUGCCCGACAAGAACAACCGCAACGGCUUCGUGUGCCACGAGAACUUCCCGCGCGCGGACCGCUACUCCCGCAAGCAGGAGAACGGGUACAUUCGCAACUCGGAAACCAUUAUCGGGUUCCCGCGGACGCGCGACUACGACGACUACAGCGAGCCCGAGUACUCGGUGAUCGCGGAGGCCGAUCGCGACUAUCGCUCGUGCGCGCACUCCAACACCUUCAACUGUUGAGCCCGGGAGGCGCGAACUUUCAAUCGUUUGUGAUCUUGUAAUUCUAGCAAUAAAUCUUCAUUCCAUUAAGUUUUUCUAUGGAGGACCUUGUGAUGGGACUUAGUGUAGCGGUUAGUGACGUUUAGAACUUCGGGAUCGGUGUACGUGCGACCAGUGAGGACUAUGUAUCGUAUUCGGUUUAAGAGAGUACAUUAUUUGUAAAUUAUAAAUUUAAGUAGCGAUGGAUCUAUUUUUCGAUGGGUCGGAAGGGGCGGUUGGAAGUGAGACUUUCAUGAAGACGCCCGUCUGUACAGACUAGUCGCGUGCGGCAAGCGCCGCUGCCACGUCAGGUCGCCUUUGCGCUUUUAAGUUUUGCUUAAUACGACAUGGAAACGCAACUGAAUGAGAGGCGAAUAUUGUUAUCUCAUUCUAGCGGAUACAUCUGCGUUCCUACUUACGCGAAUAAAACUUACAAGUACAAAGGCGGGGUAAAUACAUCAUCAUCUAUGUGAUUUGUAAGUAUCCUACCGAUGGGUAGGGUGUACUUUUUAUUUGUUUUGUACAAAAACCAUUCCAUAAGUCUUUUUAAUGUCUAAUUUUUUAUUUAUAACGAAUAAAUUAAGUGUGCGUUAAAUAAGACACCAAUAUGAAUGAUAGGUAAUCCUAUUAUAGGAUUAAUAAAUGUAAAUAUAUUUAUACUAUAUUGAGAUAUUUAUAAAAUUUAAUACGAUCUUAUUCUUCUUAAAUUUUCAUAAAAUUAUUUCUGUAUUUCACUUACAUUAGUAUGACUAGUUUGUUUGCUAUGGACUGGUAUCGUAUUUCCUCCUCGUCACUAUUGUUAAUACACUGUAUUUCAUAUUAGGUACGGCAGCACCCACUUCUUACCUGUAUGUCUCACUUUUCGCUCAAAUCUCACAAACGCAUUUAUAAACUGACCUACCUACUUAAGUUUCAGUGAAAUUGUAGAUGCGGUAAAAUGGGGUGAUUUAGGAAUGAUGGGGCUAAGAUGGCAAAAUUUAAAAU